UACUCGUAAUAUCUAAAUUGAGACGACGUCCAUAGAUCACCUUCCGACUAUUGUACCUGUUAUCCAAAACGCUAUCUGUUGUACAACUAACAGUGAACGUAGACUUUCAGCCAGCCAAGCACAAAGCGCACACACUCAAGUAUAUUCACCCCUUUUGACCAAACAAACACACAACAAUCUGGGAAUUUUCUUUGUUUUUGCUAAAUGGCAGACAUGCAUGGUAGAGGGCUAAUGGUAUGUAGAAUGCAUUCAAGAUAGAGUUAAUAGCAUACAGUUUGGAACAGAGAAUGACAUCUUUCCUAUUGUUUAAGAUCCGCCCCUCUCCGAUUUGCAGUUCAAUUGAUAAAAUCUUGCCAGAGAAAGACUAUAAGUUGCAGUCCAAGUGUCAUGUUGUCCAUCGAGAGAUAGGGUCUAGCCGUCGGCAUAUGUUAGCAAGUGGUGGUGUCGCGUUAGUUUCGGUGUUUGUGUAUCCACCACUGAUAGCACAGGCCAUAGAUGAACCAGACGAAGAAGAGAAAGAUGAAACUUUAAUUGGGGCCAUGAAGUCAUUGUUUGAUCCUAAUGAGAAAACAAAAUCUGGGAAAGUGUUGCCCAAGGCUUACUUGAAUUCUGCAAGAGAGGUGGUGAAGACUUUGCGUGAGUCACUAAAGGAAGACCCGAAUGAUAUGGCUAAAUUUAGACGGGUUGCAGAUGCAGCGAAGGAAUCUAUACGAGAAUAUCUAGGCAGUUGGAGGGGACAACAGACAGUAAGCAAUGAGGAGUCAUAUGUUAUGAUUGAGAAAGCAAUUAGAACUCUGGCUGGGUUUUACUCAAAGGCAGGCCCAUCUGCUCCCCUUCCUGAAGAAGUGAAGUCGGAAAUUAUUAGCAAUCUUGAUAUAGCAGACAAGUUUUUGUGAGUUAUUAGCUUUAAUCAGGUUUUAAAAGAAUAUAGCAAUCUUCUUACAUUUUUACUAAUAGUCCGUAUAUUCAUUCGUAAAGUUAUGAAUCAAUUGGGUUAUUCUCUUUUGUGCUCUGGGGUUUUUAAAUGUAAAUGUCCGAACCACAAUGGCAAUCUGCAGAUAUAUUUUGUGUUUCUGAUCA